AUGUCGACUUUCGGCGAUUACUUCCGAGUGACCACCUAUGGCGAGUCUCAUUGCCGCUCGGUCGGCUGCAUAGUUGAUGGAUGUCCUCCUGGCAUGCAAUUGACGGAGGAAGACAUCCAACCUCAGAUGACUCGAAGGCGACCAGGUCAAUCUGCACUAACGACUCCUCGAAACGAGAAGGACAAGGUGGAAAUCCAGUCUGGGACUGAGUUUGGCGUGACGCUCGGAACACCCAUUGGCCUCGUCGUACGAAACGAGGAUCAGAGGCCGAAAGACUACGGUGGCAAGACCAUGGACCUCUACCCCAGACCUAGUCACGCGGAUUUUACUUAUUUGGAGAAGUAUGGAGUCAAGGCGAGCAGUGGUGGUGGCAGGAGUAGUGCCCGAGAGACUAUCGGGAGAGUGGCCGCUGGCGCCAUUGCAGAGAAAUAUCUCUCUCUAGCUCACGGAGUUGAGAUUGUUGCCUUCGUCACUUCAGUUGGGUCAGAACAUCUUUUCCCACCCGCAGUCGAUCAUCCCACACCUUCGACGAAUCCAGAGUUCCUGUCUCUUGUCUCCAAGAUCACGAGGAAACAGGUUGAUUCUUUCGUACCAGUCAGAUGUCCAGAUGCAGGAGCGACGGAGCGGAUGACCAAGAUGAUUGAGAAAUUCCGCGAUGCGAGUGACAGCAUCGGAGGAACAGUCACCUGCGUUAUUCGAAAUUGUCCCAUUGGCCUCGGGGAGCCUUGCUUCGACAAGCUCGAAGCAUCUCUCGCUCACGCCAUGUUGAGUAUACCAGCAACAAAAGGCUUUGAGAUUGGUUCGGGUUUCGGAGGAUGCGAAGUCCCAGGCUCAAUCCACAAUGAUCCGUUCAUCGCGGCUCCAGCCGCCGAUACCAAUGGAAAGACCUCUCGAUCGAAGCUAAUUACCAAGACAAACAACUCGGGCGGUAUUCAGGGUGGCAUUUCUAACGGUCAAGACAUUUACUUCCGGGUCGCGUUCAAGCCGCCAGCGACGAUCGGUCAAGCACAGCAGACCGCAACCUAUGAUGCGGAAGAGGGUACCCUAGAAGCCAAAGGGAGACACGACCCAUGUGUCGUCCCUCGAGCCGUUCCUAUCGUUGAAGCUAUGUCAGCAUUGGUUGUCAUUGACGCGCUGAUGGCUCAGCAAGCGAGGGAAACGGCCAGGAGUUUCCUACCCCCUUUGAAGACCACCCUUCCGACGAAGGAAACGGGAACUUCUGCCGCCCCGGAGAAAAUCGCCAGACAACUCAAUGGGGCAGUGAACGGCUCCAACUAG